CCGGGAAAACCUCGAGCAGGGCAAUGAAGGUGCUCUCCCCCCCAUCCCUCCAGCUGAGGACUGGGCACAUGCGUACAAUGGAGUCACUUCUGCUUGCAAAGCACAGAAAAUAGAGGAAAAAGAAAAAACACCGGGACAAGGGCAGCGAGGAACAUCGGGUAACAGCUGAAACCGCAGCCCGCAACACACAAAUAGUCUAAAUCCAGAUCAGAAAAGCAGCAUUUUUCAAACCCAGAGACUCCAGGCUCUCAGAUGCCGGGAGCUGGUAGCUGGGGGGUUUAGGCCAGGCAGGCACGCGGGCCUCCCCGCGCAGCCGGCAGAGGUCAGCUGCAGCACACCGCUGCACACGCGCCAGCCCCGGCGUCCCCCGGGACAAGGGUCCCCGCACGGGGAAUGCUGGGAACCGCGGCCAAGCCACAAACGCACCAGCCACGCAGUCGCCCUAAGGACGCUCAAGACAAGAGCAGCUCAGCUUCCAGGAUGGCUCUGCUGGACUCCAGCAAACACUCGCAGGACUCGGUGCUCAGCGGCGUAAACCCCGACCUUGCCAGCGAGAGACUGACGGCCUCCUUCAGCGUGGAGGAGCUCACUGCCAGGCUGGACGGCGGUGCUGAGCACACUCGGAUGCGGAGGGCCGUCGUUGAAGCUAUUGAAAAGGACCCUGUAUUUAGCAGAGAAAACCAGUAUUUCCAGAGCCAGAAUGAGAGGUAUGAAGCAGCAGUCAAAAGGGCUGUUUAUCUCCAGAAAAAGAUGCGUGAGAUGGGAUGGACUGAGAAUGGGCCUGAAGUCAAGUACAUUUACAGGUGUCUUUCAGGAGACAUAGCAUUUUCCCUCCACCGUAUCUUCAUGAGAAGUAUUUCAGUACUGGGCUCUGAUAAACAGGUUGCCAAAUGGAUUCCUCUCGCCACUGAAUAUCAAAUUAUAGGAACCUACGCCCAGACUGAACUUGGACACGGAACUUAUCUUCAGGGUUUGGAAACAACAGCAGUCUUUGAUAUUGCUUCUCAGGAGUUUAUACUGAACACACCAAAGAUCUCUGCAGUGAAGUGGUGGCCUGGAGACAUGGGAAGGUCAGCAACCCACACCGUGGUCUUUGCUCAGCUGUACGUCCAUGGGAAGUGCUACGGAGUGCACCCCUUCAUCGUGCAGAUACGCAGCCUUCGGGACCAUUCGCCAUGCCCAGGAGUGACUGUGGGAGACAUUGGUCCCAAAAUGAAUUUUGAGCACAAUGACAAUGGCUACCUCAUGCUGCAGAACGUACGCGUCCCCAGGGAGAACAUGCUGAGCAAGUUUUGCGAGGUUCAGCCAGAUGGCACCUACGUAAGAUGGGGGUCACAGAAGAUUAAUUAUUUCACAAUGACUACAGUACGCAUUUCCAUCCUUUCAGAAGAAGUUAUACUACCUCUAAUGAAAGCUUGCACCAUUGCCAUCAGAUAUUCUGCAGUUCGCCGGCAGUCCAAGUUAAAGCCUGGGGAACAAGAAGCAAAAAUCCUUGACUACCAAACCCAGCAACAGAAACUGCUGCCACAGUUGGCAGCAGCCUACGCCUUUCAUUUCAUCAACAUCUACCUGCACGAGCUGUUCAAUAGGGGGUACCAAGAGAUCCAGGGCAGGAAUUUUGACUCGCUGCCAGAGCUUCAUGCAUUUUCUUCGGGCUUUAAAGCCAUCGUUACUCAAUACUGCACUUCAGGACUGGAGAUCUGCCUCAGGGCAUGUGGAGGACAUGGAUACUCUCAGCUGAGUGGACUCCCUUCCUUGUACACUAGAGCACUUGCUUCUUGCAUCUAUGAAGGGGAAAACACAGUGUUAUUCCUGCAAACUGCCAGGUUCCUGAUUAAGUGCUUCAUGGCAGCUAGUGCUGGCCAGCCCAUUCCACCAUCUGUCACUUACUUGUCUUCAAUGAAACCCAGGAAUUGUCCAGCCAAGGACAAGUUGGAUUUUCUCAGUCCAGACAUUUAUCUGAAGGCCUAUGAACAAACGGCAAUCAGACUCUUAAGCAGCAGCGCAGCUAAACUACAGCACUUGAUCCAGUCAGGAGUGGAAAAGCACGAAGCCUGGAACCAGUGCACGGUACAGCUGGUAAAGGCCGCAAAGGCUCACUGCCACUACAUCACUGUGAAAAACUUUGUGGAAACUGUGGAAAAACUUGACAACAAGGCUGGUAUCCAGAAGAUUAUGAAACAUCUUUGUGACCUCUUUGCAUUACAUGGUAUCUUCUCAAACGCAGGAGACUUCCUUUACGAUGGAUACCUAUCCGGAGCUCAAAUAGACCUGGUCACAGCAUCGUACCUGGACCUCCUGGCUGUCAUUCGGAAGGAUGCUGUUCCACUAGUGGAUGCUUUCGACUUCACAGAUAAGAGUUUGAAUUCUGCACUUGGCAGUUACGACGGACAAGUUUACCAACGGCUUUACGAGUGGGCUCAGAAGUCACCGACCAACCAGCAGGUGAACCCAGCUUAUGGAAAGUAUUUGAAGCCACUUCUUCAGAACAAGCUAUCAAAAUUAUGAAGACCAUGAUUUAAGCCAAGGACACAAGUUUCCUCCUGUUCUUUGUGCAGCAGUACAUUUAUACAGCAUCAGUAAUGACUAAUCAGAGAUUAUUAAUCAGCUACUUACUUGUAGUUGCUACCGCAUGAAACAAGAUUCUUAGCCAAUCAUUUGCAUUUAAUCACAGGCAGAAGCCAAACAACUCCGAGUGGUAUCCACUACUGCGCAGCAGAAGUGGUCUAGUUUUUCCUGUUUCUAACCUGAAAUGUCCAGAUAGCAGCAGAAAAUAAGCCAUUUGGCUUUCCGAUUCUUCUUCCAAAUACGCCGUAUUUAGUGUAAAGAAAAAAAUUAUUAUGAGUUCACCCUCAUUUUGUUACAACCGUACAGUGACUUCCAAAAAAACUAGCAGACUAUCUUUACUAAAAGAUCCAAGCAAGAUAAAAUUACGGUCCUUGGUUUCUAGGAACAACUUGUUCUCUUAGAUCAAGAAGUCUAUUAGAAAGUGCACUUGUUUGGGCAAUGAAAAUAGCCCUUAACUUGUUCAGCAGUGACGUAUUCCUGGCUAAUGAAGAUUCAGACAAAGCUGAGGUCAACACCAGUCUGUGCAACUUAUUUUCCCACUAAUAAAGCCCUUCAUAACUGUCUUUCUAUAAACCUUGGGCUCCAAUAAAGCAUAUUACUUGGAA